UAAUUUUUAAGCGAAGUCAGGGGCGAGAAGAGGGCGAUUGCGAUUUCUAAUUUUCUUCAGCAAUCAAUCUCUCUCGCUAUCAGUAAUACAUAUAUGGAGAUUCCGUACGGUAGUUUCCUUUCGUUUCAGCAACAGAUGGCGUCAACAACCCUAAAAUAUCCAUACGAUUAUCUAGGCCAAACCCACUCCCACAGAAAACGACACCGUAUUCGUGAUCCUCACAUGUCCUUGUCGAGAAAAAAUCUCAUCCUAUAGUAGUUUUGAACUAUUGCUGGUUAAAGGUGUAGUUAUUUUCUUUUAUUAUCUUUGAGUAUUUUUUUUUGGCUUGAGACGAUACUGAUGCUUACCUUUCACGAGAUUGUUUUGGGAUAUGGCUUGAAUUAUUGGACUCUUGCUUGGCCGACGUUAUAGCUUGGUGUGUGUCUAUAUAUAGGCCCUCACAUGUGCUUGUGAUUUUCACUAUUCAAGCUUUGCCUGUGACUAUCUUUUAAUUCGAAUUUGGAGUGUGUGUCUGUGUUUUGGACUGUGUUCCUCUUUGGUUCAGCGAAUUUACAGAUUUUGCCUUCUGGGUGUUUGACACAAUGGAUGCUUUCGUUGACUUUAGUUGAAUUUGGCGUCAAAGUGCAUCUGUCCCUCGCAGGAUUAUCUAAAUUUAGAAUUUUGAUGUUCUGGGUGUUGGUUGAAAGUUCAUGCUUUGAUUCUUUUUAGUUGAUUUUUAACUCACUCUCCGGAUUUUGCUGUUUUGGUAAAAUAUAUGUUUGGAUUCUUUUAGUUGAAUUUGAGAUCAUUGUGUGUUCGAGUUUGGUCUACUAAACUCGACUAAAAGUUUAGGUUCUUUUAAUCUGAGUUUUAUUUUUUUUAAAAUAAUAUGAAGGGGUUUGUGUCCUUUGAAAUGUUAGUUUUUCUUUUAAUCUGUGUGCUAUGCGGUUGUGCUGUGGGUAAGGAGUGUACAAACACUCCAACUCAGCUCUCAUCACAUACCUUUCGAUACGAGCUCCUAUCCUCAGAAAAUGAAACGUGGAAGGAAGAGAUGUUUUCACACUACCAUUUGAUACCGACUGAUGAUUCUGCGUGGUCAAAUUUGCUACCAAGAAAGCUAUUGUGGGAAGAAGAUGAAAACAGUUGGUCAGUGAUGUAUCGGAAAAUGAAAAACCAGGGUGGGUUUAAGCUGUCUGGAGAUUUUCUGAAGGAGGUGUCUCUGCAUGAAGUGAGAUUGGAUGCAGAUACGAUGCAUGGACGAGCACAGCAAACAAAUUUGGAAUAUCUAUUGCUUUUGGAUGUGGAUAGCUUGGUUUGGAGCUUUAGGAAGACGGCUGGUUUGCCAACUCCUGGUAAAGCAUAUAAAGGCUGGGAGGACCCGACUUGUGAGCUUCGGGGUCAUUUUGUAGGGCAUUACUUGAGUGCGUCUGCACUAAUGUGGGCUAGCACUUACAAUGAUACUCUCAAGCAGAAAAUGACAGCAUUAGUAUCAGCAUUAUCUGAAUGUCAGCAGAAAAUGGGCACGGGAUAUCUUUCUGCUUUUCCAUCUGAGCUAUUUGAUCGUUUUGAAGCUAUAAAACCUGUUUGGGCUCCAUAUUAUACCAUUCACAAGAUCUUGGCAGGCCUUCUGGAUCAAUAUACAUUUGCUCGUAAUGCUCAAGCUUUGAAAAUAAUGACAUGGAUGGUUGAGUAUUUUUACAGUCGUGUUCAGAAUGUGAUAAUGGAAUACAGUGUAGAAAGGCACUAUCUGUCACUUAAUGAAGAAACUGGUGGCAUGAAUGAUGUCCUUUACAAGUUAUACAGCAUAACGGAAGAUCCAAAGCAUUUAUUAUUGGCCCACCUUUUCGACAAACCAUGCUUUCUAGGAAUACUAGCAGUACAGGCUGAUGACAUAUCUGGCUUUCAUGCCAAUACACACAUCCCAAUUGUUAUAGGAUCUCAAACACGGUAUGAAGUCACUGGCGAUCCGCUUUAUAAGGCAAUGGGGGCGUUCUUCAUGGAGAUUGUUAACUCGUCUCACAGCUAUGCAACGGGAGGCACAUCAGUCAGUGAAUUCUGGUCAGACCCAAAGAGAUUGGCAAGCACCCUACAAACAGAGAAUGAAGAAUCUUGCACAACAUAUAACAUGCUGAAGGUCUCUCGCUACUUGUUUACAUCAACCAAAGAAAUGGCAUAUGCAGAUUAUUAUGAGCGUGCCUUGACUAAUGGUGUGCUAAGCAUUCAAAGAGGAACAGAGCCUGGAGUGAUGAUUUACAUGCUUCCUCUAGGUCGUGGAGUUUCCAAGGCCAGAAGCUACCACGGAUGGGGAACAAAAGAAGAGUCUUUUUGGUGUUGCUAUGGCACAGGCAUUGAAUCAUUCUCAAAGUUAGGAGAUUCCAUAUAUUUUGAAGAGGAAGGAACAGUUCCUGGUCUUUACAUCAUCCAGUACAUAUCAAGCUCACUUGAUUGGAAAUCUGGGCAAAUUAUGCUCAAUCAGAAAGUUGAUUCUGUUGGUUCCUGGGAUCCUUACCUUCGAGUGACAUUCACAUUUUCUUCCAAGGGAGUUGGGGGAGCUGGCCAAUCAUCUAGCUUGAAGUUUCGUAUACCAAGUUGGACACAUACCCAAGGUGCAAAGGUUUCACUAAAUGCUGAGAGUCUGCCUCUAGCACCUCCAGGCAACUUCUUAUCAGUCACUAGAAAUUGGGGACCUGAUGACAAAUUAAUUCUUCAGCUGCCCAUGAGUUUAAGAACAGAAGCUAUCAAAGAUGACCGGUCUGAGUAUGCCUCUAUUCAGGCAAUACUUUAUGGCCCAUAUCUGCUAGCAGGUCAUACUAGUGGUGAUUGGGACAUCAAAACCGGCUCAGGCAAAACUCUUUCAGACUGGAUAACACCAAUUCCUGCUGCUUACAGUACUAACCUGGUUUCUUUGUCCCAGGAGUCCGGGGACUCAAUAUUUGUCUUAACUAAUUCAAACCAAUCGAUUACGAUGGAAGAAUUGCCUGCAUAUGGGACUGAUUCUGCCAUUCAUGCCACUUUCAGACUGAUCUUAAAUGACUCGUCUUCUGAAGUACUUGCAGCAAUGACAGAUGCUAUUGGCAAGUCAGUCAUGCUGGAACCAUUCAGCUUUCCAGGAAUGGUUGUUGUGCAACUCGGAACAGAUAAAAACCUUGCAGUUGCAGAUUCUCUUAGUGACGAUGGCUCUUCUGUUUUCCAGUUGGUCCCAGGAUUGGAUGGAAGGCCUGAAACAGUAUCCUUGGAGUCGGAGACCAACAAGGAUUGCUUUGUGUAUAGUGGUGUGAACUAUAAAUCAGGUACAAGCAUGAAGCUCAGCUGCAAACCAGACUCAUCAGACGAAGAUUUUAAUCGAGCUGCUAGCUUUGUAUUAAGCAAGGGAAUUAGAGAAUACCAUCCAAUCAGCUUUGUGGCUAGUGGGGUGAAGAGGAAUUUUCUUCUGGCUCCAUUACACAGCUUCCAGGAUGAAUCUUAUACUGUUUAUUUCAACGUUCAAGCUUAAUAACUUGGGGACCGGGAAGUCCCUGAUAAACCGAUUGCACAAUAAAUGUCUUCAGCCAUGUUACUUCUCUCAAGAGGUGUUCAAAUUUCUUAGUAAAUUAUUGAACUGCACAGAUGGGCUGAUUUAAUGUUUGAUUCGAGGCACUUUGAGCCUGACUUUGUAUAGGAGGCAGUUAGAUUCUCCAGAAUGUAAAAUUUGGUGAAAAGGAGAUUCUUUGAUGCUAAA